ACCCCAUCGGCCCCCUCCUACCUGGUCCACAAAGUGCUGGAGCGGGCAGCUGAGAGUGACUGUCACUUCCACCCGGGGCUUUAAUGAGGGUUCUACUGCUGCUUUAGGACUCUGGUUAGCUUGUGUGGCUUACUAUCUGAGGAGCAAACCCAGGGUCAGCUGAUUUGGAGAGUUUAGAGGGGGGUCACCGAGUUAUUAAAGAUGUCCAACAACAACAAUAACCAAGAGGAGAAGGAGGAAAAGGAAGAAGACAUGGAAGAGAAAGGAGAGGAGGUCAUGGUGAAAAUCCCCCCACCUCCAUCUCCUCCGGAGGUCAACGAGAAGGGUCCGACUGAGGAGGACAAGCCGGACCCCAAACCCUUGCCCAACGGGCACCAAUGCCAGCCUAUGAACCGCAGUAUUUUUCCUCUCUCCGCAGUUUCACCGGCAGCCGAGAGGAUCCGCUUCAUACUCGGUGAGGAAGAUGAUGGCCCGGCACCCCCUCAACUCUUCACGGAGUUGGAUGAGCUGCUGUCGGUGGAUGGACAGGAGAUGGAGUGGAAGGAGACGGCCAGGUAAGGAC